CUUAUUUCCCUGCUGUUCUUGAAGGACACUUCUUUCGUCAAGAUUAUGAGCAACUUUCAUAGAACAUUAGCAGAAGCCAAGUUCCGAUUCAAAUUUUCAAAUAUCCUUAGACCUUUCUCGCAAUCAUCACGGCAACCGAAUCCAUGUCAGGUAACAGAAGAACCUGAUUUCUACCAAGCUGGGGGUUUCCACCGUGUUUCGCUGGGAGAUAGUUUCAAUUCUGAUCAGUAUACUGUGAUGAGAAAACUCGGCUAUGGGCAGUAUUCUACUGUUUGGUUAGCUAGAGACACUAGAUAAGAUUGAUUUUUCGCGCCAGUUUAACCCAAGG